UAGCCUUAAGGCUACUAACAUAAAUAGAUAACUUAUUUUAGAAACAAAUCUGAGCUAAAUAAUGCUUAUUUGUGUAAAAUGGUAUUAAGUUCAUGAGUAGUGUGGUCACAAGUUGAUCUAGCUGGCUCUUGUUUUUCAGAGAGAUGGCUGGCUGCAUGCUGUACAAGUUGUUUUGUUACUUCUACAGAAUAACAAUGUGGUGAUAAUGACACACUGGAAUUGUCUCUCAAGUUUAACUUAUUUUCCCUUAAUGAUUUGGGUUUUAAUCCAGUAAAAAACAUUUCAACUGCAACCACAGAUGCAUUUGACUGAAAGUCACUAACCGAAACACCUCUCCCAUUUGUUACAUCACGUCCAAUGUGCUCAAACGUGUAGGCUACAGCGGAACCUAAGCCAUGGUAACCCGCUGAAGCGGCUUUGUUUUGGAUCACAGUACCUUGCUUGUCAGGACCCGCCCUACUCUGCUUUUGAUUGGCUAGUAGUCCUUACCUAGCUACUGCGCAUGUGCAACUCCCCACAAAGCUCGAAUUGAAGUGAGAUGCCUCACUCGCUGGCUAAAACGGCCCGUUCGACACGGGUUGAAAAGAGGAGCUGCAGGAAUGUGCAGUGUGACCACAAAAAUAUGGUGUUUUUUUCAAAAUUCAACCAUAUAAAGCUAUUCUGUUACAACCCCUAAAUAACAUUAUGAACCUGAAAAUUAGUAUAAUAUGACCUCUUUAACUCACCUUGUACCUUAUUUUGUGGUCCAUGAGGAACUUUGUAUGGCCUAUAAAUUUUCUUAUGUAUUAAAAACUUUAUUUAUUAAAGAAGCAGCAUGUCUCUCUCUCUCUGCUAAUCUUCCAAGGGCUGAAGUUGUCUUGGGAAGAAUCAUAAAGAAGAAAGGAUGGAGGCGUUCCAGUUUAGUCAUCACCACCAAAAUCUUCUGGGGUGGAAAAGCAGAAAUGGAAAGAGGGUUGUCUAGAAAACAUAUAAUUGAAGGUCUAAGAGCAUCACUAGAGAGGCUUCAGCUGGAGUACAUAGACGUGGUUUUUGCAAAUCGACCAGAUCCUAAUACACCUAUAGAAGAGACGGUGAGGGCAAUGACCCAUGUGAUCAACCAGGGGAUGGCCAUGUAUUGGGGGACAUCAAGAUGGACCUCCAUGGAGAUAAUGGAAGCAUACUCAGUGGCAAGACAGUUCAACCAGAUCCCACCCAUCUGCGAACAGGCAGAGUACCACAUGUUCCAGAGGGAGAAAGUUGAAGUGCAACUCCCUGAUCUCUUCCACAAGAUAGGCAUUGGAGCAAUGACAUGGUCUCCACUGGCCUGUGGAAUCAUCUCAGGGAAGUAUAACAGUGGGAUCCCCCCUUAUUCACGUGCCUCACUUAAGGGCUAUCAGUGGAUGAAGGACAAGAUCCUGAGUGAGGAGGGGCACCGUCAGCAGCUGAAGCUAAAAGAGUUGCAGGCAGUUGCUGAGCGACUAGGCUGCACUCUGCCCCAGCUGGCUAUCGCCUGGUGCUUGAGGAACGAAGGUGUGAACUCUGUCCUCCUGGGAGCUUCCAGAACCGAGCAGCUGAUGGAGAAUAUCAGAGCAAUACAGGUUAGAAAGCAUACAGGCAGCAGGUGGAAACACUUUAACAGUUCCAUAACAACAGCCAACACAACAUGGUACCAAACAGUCUUUUGUGAGUGUUUGGAAUGAUUUAGGUCACUUUCAGGCCUUAAGUUUACUUGGUACAGACCAAAGAAACAUAUAAUCAGUUGUUACCUUUCAUGUUCUGGUCAGUUUCGUUUUAAAACUGCAACAACCCCAGUCCCAGACGUUAAUCCAAGCCCCAGCCCAAUUUCUCCCUUCCAGAAUUUAAAUGCAGAAUAUAUAAAACCUGUCCAUAUUCUAAGACAAAGCCGUUGUAACCUUCAUGAUUUUAAGAAUGUAAAACAACGAUCACUUUGUGAGCACAGUGCAGCAGCAUGGAUACUUCUUGGCUAUUUGUCUCUUUGUCCUGUUGGGAUUACAGUGUGAUCAAGG